UCUUCUACAUUCUUGAUCAGCUUCUCUUUUCAUUUCCUUUUAAGUGAUUAGUCAAUAACACAUUUCUCUUAGUAAUAAUGGAGGGUAAAGGACGAGUUGGAUCAUCAUCAUCAUCGUCUUCUUCCUUCGCCGCUCAACUCUUUGGCCCCAAGGAAUCUACUUCCUCUGCCAAUGUCAACUCCAUUUUCCCUCCUCCCUCCAAGGGAACAGCAGGAAACAUCCUAAGCUCCAAACAUGGGUCCCUAGAAAAACGUAAAGACUCUUCAACCUGCAAUCUGAGUUCAUCUAUCUACUACGGUGGUCAAGAGGUUUACUCUAAAGCUACGCAGAACUAUACUUACCCUCCAAAGCGACAAAGUAAUCAGAACAGAGACAACAAUGAUGCCAACUCUCCGGACGCCUCAAGAGGAGAUUGGUGGCAAGGAUCGCUAUAUUAUUAGAGUCUUCCCAAAGAGGCGUCUCCCUAGAGGAAGAACAUCAAGUUGAAACAGAAGAAUUUUGAUCUUUUGUUUGUUCUAAAGAAACUGUUUCAAUGAUGUCAGGCUUGACUCUCUCUCUCUCUCUAAUGUUAAAACAAAUGAUUA